UGAUUUUUUUUACACCUGGUUGAAUUUGACUGAUAAUUUGGUAAUUAGCAAGAGGCCGGCGAGUGACGAUCAGUUCAGUCCCGAGGCUUCAAACAUCUAGGUCAUUGGGCCGCACCGUCAUUUUCGACCGGGUGAGGAGGCGGAACGUUCGAAGCCAAAGUUGAUACAAGGGUGGUGGGUGGUCGGUUGAGAUCGAAAUUCUAAAUGUGGAACCGGGCUAAAUCAAUAUGAUGACAGUUAGGUAGUGGAAUGCGUAGGGGUUGCUGCUGCGAGUUGAAGGUGACGCUAGCGUCGACCGGUGACGUAACCGGAUCUUUAUUGAUCUCUAGGUCUGGCGUUCAGUGCACGAUCUGGGUGCUUCCCGGGAAGUGGUGUAUCCACUCAACCACUGGCUCGUCGAGACACUGGGAGGUCAUAAAGGAGGUCAUACGCCCUUCCUCCUACGACAACAGAGGGGAGUUGCCAUGGCGAUGACGUCACACACCUCUCUGUGCAGUUGAGGGGUGGCAGUCUCAGUUAGGUGCCCUCUCUGCACAGGGAGUCGUGCACGGGUUCUCUCUUUCCCACCCCUUUCCUUAUCUGUGAUCGGUCUCUGUAGGUGCGUGUGUGUGAGUGUGUGUGUGUGUGUGUGCGUGCUUUCGCACCCCCGAGACCUUAAGGGAUACUAGUCAAAGGAAUACAUAUGGAGUAAGCGAUCUAAAGGAAAAUCGGCAAAGAUGUCUCUUCUUAGUGUAACAGUGAAAAAGGCCAGAUACACCGGAGGGCAAGGAAUCCAAUUUAACACAUACGUCACGCUGAAACUACAGAAUGUGAAGUCAACAACGGUAACAGUUAAAGGCCCAAAUCCAUCAUGGAAUCAAGACUUCCUAUUUGAGACAAACGAUGUCAACACAGGACUCCUCAUGGAAGUAUGGAACAAGGGGAUGCUUUGGGAUCGUGCUCUUGGCUACCACUGGCUUCCUCUCCCGGCAGUCCACUACAGCAAUGAGGAAGGACCGGGUGAAUGGGUGUCUUUGGACGCCGAGCUCGUGAUGAUGGAUGGGGAAGUGGUGGGUACAAAAGAGGCGACUGGCCAUUCCCUUUUAGUCGACUGUAGGUUCGAAUUGCCAUUUGAUGCCGAGAACACCGAGGCGGCGGAUCUUCAGAGAAAGCUUGAACUCCUCAAUAGCAUUGUUGACCAGGAAGCGAAAGCUGAACAGGCAAGAAGGCAAAUGCAAUAUUUCGGCCAUUCGGGCUACUCAGAAGACAGUGACUAUACGAGCGAUCUCAACUACCCCGUCGGCCAGCACGCGAAUUCCUCGGCAUCUCAAUUCAGAAGUGCAGCUCACCAAAUACCGACACCGCAGAGAUCGCUCGAGACGUCGAGGGAGAAUUCUUACGAGACAGACGAGCCUCCUCCGCAGCAACACCAUCCACACCACCAUGGACACCAUCUUUCCCCUGGUCAACCAAUGCACACGAGAAGGAGGGGGCACAGGGACGAUGACUACUAUGGGGAACGAGGCGGCGAUUCGUCCAGGUACAUUGAAUCGGACCAAGAACCACUUUACUACAAUAGCAGACCUCGUAAUCACAAAGAAUCGUACAGGCGUAGGCAAAGAACAUGGGAUUACGAGGACAGCCAAUCUGCUUGGUAUGAUGAGUACGGGCCCGACGCCAAAUACGAUCAGCACGCGAGCUGCCCGAGGAUAUACCAGGACAGCACGACGCGCUACUACCAACCUCGAACGGCUAGUGUAAAAAGAAAAGAAGUGAACAAAAACAGGCGUCCGAGUUUGGAGAGGCAGACGACGCUUUACGACGACCAAUACUAUAUGGAUACAUACUACGACGCAGGGGACCAACCAUAUUCGCAGGACAAUAGAAUUUAUGACACAUCAGUUAGCUACGGUACGGACUAUUACAACUACAGCGGGCCACACUACAAAUACCAGGAGGACAGAUAUGGUCAAGAAGAAGAAGACCGACAGUGGGACAGCGGAGGGGGAAUGAGGUACAACAAAGGUACAACACUGAAAGAACAAUACGAAAACCAGAUGAACAUUAAGUACUCCUCGAGGUCUUCUCUCCAGAAGUACCACCGUUCAUCAGAUCAAGAUUCGGUAUAUUACACACCGAGGCAAAGCUACGAGGAGGAAGACUAUCAUUCAGCAAGUGAAUACGUUGGAACGACAGCGAGGAGAAAACAACCAGUGAUAAAUCGUCAUUCCAGCCGCCACUCCCUCCGCGAUGUUAGCGAUUUUCCUCCAGGUUACAGACCUAGAAAAACGGAUAAACCAAAACUAUUACCUCAAAUCCCGACUAGAAUAAAACCGUCACCUUCAUUACCACCGACCCCAGCCCGCCAAAAACCUCAAGUGCCCACAAGACGAGCGGGGUCGCUCGAGCACCAAGAGUCUUCUAUGGACGAAAGAUACGGACAGUUUUCAAACAGUGAGACCAGAUUAGAAGGGAGUUCAUAUAACGAAGACUACAACUACGCUUAUAUGAGCACGGAUAAUCUCAUAACGCAGGAAGCCAUAGAAACGCAAGAAGAAAUGUUAAAGAGGACCAACGCCAUGCUGGCUCAACACCAAGAACAGAUGCUAGAGCUUCAGAGUCAGUACCACCACAACCAACAGACAUACCAAGACGAUUAUUAUUACCAACACGAUUCAAUCGAACGGAUGGACGGUUCAAUGACGGAAUCGACUCUCGUUAGGAGAGACACUGUUAAAAAGCAACCCGAGACGAAAAAAGAUUCCGGUGCAAAAUCGGACUCUGUCGGGCACACCAUGAUAGGAUCGCUCGAAACGGCCGUCACUUCCUUAUCCUCGUCAGUGUUCAAACGGUUUACAAGUGCGAUCGGAGGAGGAGAACAAGGAAAAACUAACAAAAUACAAACUCAAGCUGUGAUAGAAACAAAAGCCCCGCCGCCGGCUCCUGUUGUCAACGUGCCCUCCAAUGGGACAUUCCAUAAAGAAAUUAGUCGAGCGUCUAACGACUAUCAAGAAGAGGAAAGGAGAUAUGAAGAACAGAACGAGAUGUACGGAACUGAUGAAACGUACGAACAAGAAGAAAACUUUGAAGAAAACCAACGAUACGACGACAGUCAAGACAGGUAUGGUGAAACGGAUGAUUAUUACGAGGAUGAAACCGACCGCGGUUUUCUCAGCAAACAAAAUUCCAUCGAAAAAGGUUACAUUCAGAAGCAAGAUUCUAUCAAAAAAGGGUACCCGACAAAACAGGAUUCAAUCGAUGGAGAUUACAUGGAGACGAACGGUCGGGGAUACCUUCAUGCCCAAGAAUCGGUAGACAGCUAUGUUGACGAAGAGAUCGUACAGGACGAUUAUUCGCGUGAUUCUCCCGUUUCCGUGGUAGAACGGUACGAACCGGAUCAAGAAAGGGAAAUCGCGGAAACUCCGUACAAACAGGCGUCUCCGCCGGGCGCGAAAACUUCGCCUACGGUAACCUCACCCACCCUGAGACAUCAGGACUCAAUCGAUGAGGACGAAGUGCCGGGGAACCGGGCGCACAUCCGCGAAUACGGGCACCACCACGACUCCAUCGAAGAAGAGUCACAGGAUAAACAGAAAAGCGUCAGUUUCGAAGAAGAAGAAUUGCCCGUACUCGACAUCGAAGUCGAACCCCAAAUCCGGCCGACCGUCACCCAAGAACGAAGGCGGAAGACCCCAAGAGAACGGUGGCAUUGGGCUUAUAACAAAAUCGUCCAUGAACUUAACGUAAGUACGCAUGAUAUUUUAUUCAAACUUAUCGCCAUAGCAAAAGAUAAGAUAAAAUUUCGGCUGACUCUUAAGUAAAAUUCUAACCAUAAUGUAACAUUAAAUUAGGCUUUAUUGUUUUUUAAAUUGUAAAACUUAUUUCGAACUAAUCGAAUGUUCACGCAACCGAAUUGGGACGCGGCUAAGUGAAAGGUCUCAGAAUGUAAGACACGAUUCGGAUAAGGGAGUAUGGCACUAUUGGGAUGAAGAGAAAAAGAACGGAAAAACAAGACAACUUUGAU